GCCAGGAGAGGAGAGGUCUUCAUGAGACUUCAUUUAAAUUCUGAUUAUUAAACUGAGGCUUUAAUUGGUGUUAAUGCCUCAUCCUAAAAUGUAAAACAAACUAGAAUUUGCCUCGGGGGGGGGGGGGAUGGGGAGUGGUGUUUUUAGGACUAAUACAUUGAAAACUGAUUCAGCCUCUCUAGUAACUGAAGAGUUUUCAAUAGCAUGGAUAGUCAAAUUCAUUAUGACUUUUAACUUAUAAGAAGCUUUUGGGGUAGGUUGGAGUAUUUAUUACAUAUUUUACUGUUUAAUGUCUAACUUGGGCCUUUAAUUUGUAAACAUUUAUUGAAAUGAUUGUGGGGCUGUGGAAAACAUUUACCUAUUUACCUUUGAAGUAAGUUUUUAAAAACAGUCCACUUUUUAGCAUGUGUGUUGUGUCCAGCCUGUGGUUGUCUUCACUAAUAAAUGUGAUUUUUCUCCCCAUUCUCUCUUUUAAUUUAUUUGCGUGUAGGCCUCUCCUGGUGUGUGUUUCCUGAGUGUGGAAAACACCAUGUUAAUAAUGCCCAGUUUUGCAGUUGACUAACAAUUGCUUUCCAACAACAGUUUCAUUUUCUAGUUUCUCUUUUUACAAACUUGAGCACAUGUCCUUGUAUAGAAGGGUUUUCUGAGCCUCUCACAACACCUUACACAUGAUGAAAAAUUUUAGCUGCUCCUGUGUUAUGUUAACUCAAUUGCUAAGCUAUUACCCUCUUUUUAUAAACUGCCCUUUCUUGGUAGUCUAGUGGAAUCUAGUAGCUUGUUUCUUUCACCUGGAUUAAUCUUCAAGUUUUCCUAACCACUUUAAGGGAAGUUAGAAGUAAGGAAUCAUGGGCUUUGAAAUCAACCAUUUUCCUCAGUCGAGUGUACUUUUUUUUACUAUUUGAGCAAUUUUCUUAAGGGCUCUAAGUGUUAAAAUACAGAUAAAGUCACAAGCCUGCUAGGUAAUCAUGGAUCUCCAUUGUAAACAGGUAAUCACACAAGGUUGCAUAUUUUGAUAAGAACCUUUAGAAGGAUCCUCUGGUAGAAGACCUUACUAUAUGCUAGUGGUUCGCAGUGUGCCUCCACAUUCACCUGGAGGGCAUGUUUACAAUGCUGGGCUCCUCGCGGCGGUUUGUUUCUAGUGUUCCCAGUGAUAGGUACUGUUGGCCACCCUCUGGCCGAGGACUGCCGUUUGAGAACCACUCCAGUAUGUGUAGGAACCGUACCCCUUCCCCGUCACAGCUCACCCCACACUCCCAGGAGAACUGCUGUGAGUAGGCAUGCUGGCGGCAGCAUUUACCAGCUUUACAACGAAGGCCUGGGUCUCCAAGCCAUCAUAAAGAAACUUGUUAAAAAUGGGAACCAAAGUUUCUUUUCGUUAACAUUUAAGAUUGAGAAGGUGUAUUUAAAUGGUGAUUUGGAGAACACCGAAGUAUUUUGAUGUCCAUUAGGAAGGAAAGUAAAGCUGACUCAACGGUGGCUGAAAAGUAAAUGGGAAUGACCUUUACCCGUGCUGAUGAAGUCAGAUGAAGAACAAUUUGAGGGUACCAGGCUUGAUUGAGGUGAGAAAAGGCGCGAGCUGCCCUCCUCCAUGGCUGGCGGGGAAGGCCCGCGGCGGCCGUAGCCGGAACAGUGACGUGCUUCCGUGGGUGGGGUCGGCCGCGCGCACGGUCACUUCCGUCGCGCCUGCGCAGUUGGCUCUCGGGCUCUUAGCGUUGUGGCGGUUUAUUGGGAUCAGCCGUCUAAUAGACUGUGCUCCUUAACUGACGAGGGCGAUGCGCUCUGGUGCAGCCGUCAGGGCCUGCCGGAAAGUCUGCAGGUGCCUGUUGUCUGGGUUUGGGGGUCGAGUAGAUGGGGGGCGGCGGGACCGGUUGAUGGAAGGGAGUAGCUCUCUCGGAGGGCCCCUGACUUCGCACGAGGAGCUGCCGCGGGGUAGCGAGCCGAGAGAAGCCCCGGAGUCCGGUGGCGAGGGCAGCGAGGCGCUGGUGGAGCUCUGUCAGAGAAGGCAUUUCCUCAGCGGCACCCAGCGGCAGCUUAGCCGAGAGUCUCUUCUGAGCGGGUGCCACCCCGGCUUUGGCCCGUUGGGCAUAGAGUUGCGGAAGAACCUCGCGGCGGAAUGGUGGUCCUCGGUGGUAGUGUUCAGGGAGCAGGUCUUCCCGGUGGACGCCCUCCACCAUGAACCAGGCCUUUCGCUGCCCGGGGACAGUGCCUUCAGGUUAGUUUCUGCGGAAACGCUGCGCGAAAUCUUGCAAGACAAAGAGCUGAGUAAGGAACAGCUAGUAGCAUUUCUUGAGAACUUAUUAAAAACUUCUGGGAAGCUACGGGAGAGCCUUCUUCACGGUGCCUUGGAACACUAUGUUAAUUGCCUGGAUCUGGUAAACAAGAGGCUACCUUUUGGCCUUGCUCAGAUUGGAGUGUGUUUUCAUCCUGUUUCUGAUACUAAGCAGACACCUGAUGGUGUUAAAAGCCAAAGAAUCGGUGAGAAGACUGAAGCUUCACUGGUAUGGUUUACUUCAGCAAGAACUGCAAGCCAAUGGCUUGAUUUCUGGUUACGUCAUCGACUCCUGUGGUGGAGAAAGUUUGCCAUGAGUCCAUCUAACUUCAGCAGCAGCGAUUGUCAGGAUGAAGAGGGACGAAAAGGAAACAAACUUUAUUACAAUUUUCCCUGGGGAAAGGAGCCAAUAGAAACCCUGUGGAAUUUAGGAGAUCAUGAACUUUUGCACAUGUAUCCUGGAAAUGGGUCUCAAUUACACGGCCGAGAUGGACGAAAAAGUGUGAUUCCUUCUGUUUUAUCUGUACAUGGAGAUCUAGACCGAGGCAUGCUGGCCUACCUCUACGAUUCUUUCCAGCUAACAGAUAACUCCUUUACAAGAAAGAAAAAUCUUCAUAGAAAGGUACUUAAACUUCACCCUUGUUUAGCCCCUAUUAAGGUUGCUUUGGAUGUGGGAAGAGGCCCAACAGUGGAACUAAGACAGGUUUGUCAAGGGCUAUUUAAUGAAUUACUAGAAAGUGGAAUUUCUGUGUGGCCUGGUUAUUUGGAAACUGUGCAGUCCUCGUCGGAACAACUGUAUUCAAAAUGAUGUCAGAAGAAAAGGACGUUUCUAUAGAUCAAGCAACUAAUGGUUUCAUCAUAUAUAAAAUGAAGGGGUGGUACUUGAACUUUCCAGUCCUUUUGGGUUCUAAAAUCCUAAUCUUUGAAUCACGUGGACAUUAUCAAGUUACAGUCGUUCUUUAUAUGGUAAAGGCUUUAUUGUCCCAGGAUGUUUUUAUCCAAAUAUUUAUUUAUUAAGUGCCUACGAUGUGUUAUGUACUUUGAUACAGCAGUAAACAAGACAGAAAAGUUUCCUGUUCUUAUACAGCUUGUAUUCUAGUGGGAGAAAAUAGACAAUAAACAAGUAAAUAGAUAAAUAAGAUCAUUUCUGAUGGAGUCCUACAAAGCAAAGAAACAUUGAGAUAGUGUGACUGGAUAUGCAGAAAGAAGGCCAGUGUGGAUAUAUUCAUUUAUUGCUGAACUGGAAACUGCAGUCAGCCCUCCAAAUCCCUGGUUCUGCAUCCACAGAGUCUACCAAACAUGGAUCUAAAGGCCUACAAUGGUUGUGUCUGUACUGAACACGUACAGACUUUUUUUCUUGUCAUUAUCCCCUAAACAAUACAGUAUAACAACUAUUCAAUACCACUUGCAUGUAUUAGGUAUUAUAAGUAAUCUAGAGAUGAUUUAAAGUAGAUGGAAGGAUGUGCGUAGGUUAUAUGCAAAUACUAUGCUACAUUAGGGACCUGAGCAUCAACAGAUUUUGGUAUCCAUGGGGUGGGGGAGUGUCCUGGAAUCAAUCCCCAGUGGAUACUGAGGGACAACUGUAUAAGUUAGCAUACUAAGUUAUAUAUUAAGCAUGAUUUUGGUAUAAGUUGUUAUACACUGGAUCUUUAUUAUAGUAGUAUAAUAAAAGACAUGAGUCUAAAAUAAUUUUUUUUUGGAUUGUAUCCAAGUACCAAAAGGCUGAGGUUAUUCUGAGUUUCAUCCAUAAUAUCACCCCAAAUGAUGGGUUGAGAUACCAGUGUUUAUUUCUCAGUUUUAUUUUCUUUUAUGACUUUUCAGCUGUUACAAUAAGUCAGAAACUUUCUGAAAAUUUUCCUUUGAAUAUGAUUCAGAAACUUGAAAAAAGGUUUUUUUGAUCCAGCCCUCAAGCUAUGCCUUUGAAUUUUGUGACUCUUGAAUGUGGCAUGGACUCUAAAGUGAUUAAAGCUAGUAAUGUGGUGAAUUUACAGAUUAUAUUUGUGCUCAUGUAUUUUGUUU